GUCAGUGUUCAGCGAACGAAGAAGUCACGGUGACGUCACGUCACUGGUGGCCGAAGUCGAGUGCGUGAUAGAAUGGAGAGCGCGGGAAAUGAGAUCGUGUUUAAAAAGGAAACCAUCAGUAAGCUUUUGACUCUGUCUUUCAAGGAGGAUAAAACAAAAGUCAGUAGUGAUGCUGUUGUAUUGGUGGGCGAGAUGCUCCGAGUGUUUGUUGAGGAAGCAACACGCAGAUCAGUGAAACAGGCCAUUAAUGAAGACUGUGACACAGUUAAUAUUGAACACUUUGAGAAGAUCCUGCCACAGCUGCUUCUGGAUUUUUAGCCAGCAGAUGGCGACGUUUCAUCAUAAUGAACCCGGACGUCUCGUGGUGCUCCAGUCCUGUCGUGUUGCCAAUGUAUUCCAUGUAUGACUGAUUGAAUAAAGCACUUGUAUAAGUUUGUUCAUGUUAUGUAGUUGUUAUCAGUUUUUGAUAACGUGGCUGGAUGGGGUAACACAGAUACUGAUAAAAUAAUGUGAAAGCUUGAAUGCACUGUACGUUGCUUUGGAUAGAAGCGUCUACGAAAUGCAUACAUUUACACAAAGCGACUUGCAUUGCACUAUACAUUUGUUUCUGACUAUGUGCAAUCCCCUGGGAUCAAACCCAUGACCUUGGCGUUGCUAGCGCCGUGCUCUAACAACUGAGCCACAGGAAAGCAUACAUGUAAUGUCUCUGUUGGCCACCUGUGCUUUGCUGAUGUAAAUAAACAAGAUCGGGCCUUUCAUCAUGACAGAGAGGGCAU